AAACAGAGUGAAUCGGGAUCGGAUUUUAGGCGCAUGCGUGAAGCGGUGAAAAACAAAUGGGGAGACUGAGGCACAUGCCGUUCUUAUAGCAAAUUUCUUAGCUGUGUCAAGUGUUAAUAUGUCUCUUCCGACAGAAAAGAUCACAGAGCUGAAGCAAAUUAUUCAUUCACAACUCAAUCAGAUGGAUAUUCAAAACAAGAUCCGGGACAUCCUGUCUGAUACGAUACAGCAAGACUUUAUGGGCCAGUCCGGCAAAGUGGGAGAGGAGGAACUCUUAUACAAACUGAAGCAACAGGGACUUGUUGAUGACAUUCUGCAUCAGUUACAGUUCAGAGGUCAACAAGGGGGCACAACCCCAGCCACUCAUUUCUUGGACAGGGAUGAUAAAGUCACACAGCUACCAACAAAGAAAGUCAAUAUUGAUCCAACAAGAAGGUAUGUUUAUUUCCAAAUAAAAGGAGGGAAAGCGUUUCUGGAACACAUUGACGAAAGUGACCCCAUGCCUGGACAAGUGUCAUCCUUCUUCACUUUUCACAUUUACUUCCGUGGUCAGCGGUUCAAAUCCAGACCUGUUCCUUGUGCCUGUGAACCUCAAAUAGAUGAAGGUUUCCUGUUGGAACUGCACAAAGAGUCAUCUGGUGAAGCAGGCAAGAUGGCUGAUGCUAGUGCUAUGUUGUCCAUUAGUGACCCAAUACAUAUCGUUCUGAUCAAAACAGAAGCCUCUGGAGAAACCAGUCUCGUCUCAUCCAACUUCUUUGAGUGGAGAACAGUUUUGGCCUCAUCAGGAAACAGAAUGUCCAUGAUGUUAGAGCUCAAAGGAAUAGGAAAUGAAAGCAAGGUCCCAGCUGGAGUUAUAGAGAUUAUGAUGGAGCUUUUUCCCAAAUCAACCAAAAAUUUUGGCCAGGAUGUUGUCGCUGCACAGAUAAGUCUCGAAAAAAGUAGGCAAGCUGAAAGGGAGCGUCUUUUCCUCGUCUACGCCAAGCAGUGGUGGAAGGAGUACCUCCAGAUCAGACCAGCGCAUCAGGACAGACUGGUGAAAAUAUUCGCCCAAGAUGAGAACAUGGUGAACAGGCCUGUGAAUUCAUAUGUAAAACCUUUGAGAGGGGGCAGGCUGCUUGACUCCAGCAGAUAUGCAGCUCGCUUUGUGAGUCUUAUUCACCAUGAGAAAGUGCAGUCCUUAGGAGCUGGCAGUAAGACCGAACAGUGGACCAAUGCACACGCAUUCCUCUGUAGAAACAAAGGGGACUGUGAGGACCAUGCCUUGCUGCUCUGUAGUCUUUUACUGGGCUUUGGCCUGGAUGCCUAUGUUUGUGUGGGGACUAAGUCUAAGGGAGCAGUCCAUGCAUGGGUUGUCACCAUUAGUGUAGAAGGAACCAUUGUCUUCUGGGAAAGUCUAAAUGGACACAGGUACAUUCAUCUGCCAAUUGACCCUAAUGCACCACCUAUGGACAAACAGCACAGGCCAAAGUAUCCAUACAAGACAAUUGGAUGUGUAUUCAAUCAUGUGUCGUUUUAUGCAAAUAACCAGCCAUCUGACUCAGUGGAGGUUUGCAAAUUCAACCUUAGCAAUGAGGCAGACUGGAAGUCAAUGUCUCAAGAUGCUAUCCUGUCAGUGUGUGGGCCGGGGGUGUCACCCACCUGGCCCACAAUGCCGCCGCUUUGUUCCUCCAGUCUGGAUCCAUCCCUAGUCAGUAACGACCUGGAGCAACAGUUACGAGUCAUGGUGUAUGAACACAGAAGGGAUUUGGGGUUGACUACCAACUUUGAUGAUCAACUGAGUUAUCUUUUAACUCCAGCAUUAGCAGCAUAUGAAUUGGAAAGAGUCACAGGGAUCUCAUCAGGAAAUGAAGAAUUUCAAGACUCCAUAAAGCAGGCAGUACCUGAUGGCCACACAUUUAAGGGUUACCCCAUCCAAUUCUCUCACAGGAAUGCCAGACGGGCUUUUGCUACUUGUCUUAAGUCUCCAGUGUGUGAAGAAAUCAUCAACUGUAGAGGGGACCAUGUUCGCCUUGGCAUCAGAGUGAAAGUUUACCCCUAUCCCGAAAAUGCCCUUGCAACAUGGAUCAUGUUUGCUUGUAAAUACAAAUCAGUAUUGUGAAUAUGUCAACAAAUGAUAUGACUGAUUAGACAGAAAGCUGUUUGUUUAAUGAUUUUAGUCGAAGAUUUUUGGCUGUCUGUGUACAAAGAAUUUGAAGUUUUAUAUGCAGAUUUUUGUCUGCAAAGUCAAAUAUUGUCAUUUAUUUAAUGUAUCAUGAGCAGCAGAUUUUAGAUGCCUCUUGAGCAUACCGUAAGUGAUUUAUCAUGAUGUGCUUUUUUAAAAGAUAUUUGGCUUAUGAAAUGUUAUAGUAGGAUAUGUGCUAUAGAAAUGCAAUUAGAAUUAUCUGCAGUCCAUGAAUGUCCUGGGAUUAUUUGAAAAGUUUAUAAAUGAAUGCAAGAGAUGCUAUGAUACAAUGCUGUCUUUGUACAUGUAUGUUCAUGAAGUUUUAGUUUUCAUUGAAAAAAUGUUUAAAUUUUAGUUUUACACACUUAAUGUGCCAGUUUUUUUUUUUCCUUUCACAAUAGUGAUAUUUUCUGUGAUAUAUAAAUAUAUUUUUCAUAACUUGAUAGUGCUCAAGGCCCUGUGGUUGUUUUUAGCUCGCUGGAAAUGUCUGGAGAACUAUUUUAAGGGAAAAAUUUAACCUUAGCUCUAUCUUUCGAACAAAGUGAGGAUAGGCCUUUCAUAUUUCAUAUAUAGAUUCCCUAUGACCAGGCCUUUCAUUUGGUACCAAGACUUGACCUAGUGACCUUAGAUUGUGACCUACUUUUCCAAACUUGAACCUUUGCUAUAUCUUUUGAACUAAGGAGGUUAGGGUAUGUAGAUUCAUGCUUCCCGGCGAGCUACAUCGUCUUCUGAUAUUUCUUGUUAAAUAUAUAAAUUAUCAUUGUUCAACUGAAUUUAUAGUUUAAGUCACUGAAAUAUGUACAUUUCAUAUUUUUUGUUUGUGUUUAACAUAUUGAUAUAUAGCUAUUAAAAAAUACAAGAUGAGA